AUGGAUAUCGACACCAGUCCAACUUUCCUCACCCUCGCCAUUAUCCCUGCGUUCCUCCUCUUCUUCUGGACUAUCUCCGCGACCACAAUCAAGUCGUCGUUUGGCCUUUCGUUCCCCAGUGUUCAGAACAAAAGGAUAUGCCUUUUGAUCGCCCAUCCCGACGAUGAGGCAAUGUUCUUUGCGCCAACACUGAUAGCGAUGACCCGGGCGGAAUUGGGAAACCAUUUAAAAAUCCUUUGCUUGAGCUCUGGCGACGCAGCCGGCCUCGGCCACAUACGUAAAAAAGAAUUAAAAGCCAGCGCCCUCCGCCUCGGUCUCCGAAGCGAAGCUGACGUCUUCGUCGUAGACGACCCAUCCCGCUUUCCAGACAGCAUGACUGCAACCUGGUCCGCCUCCGACAUCUCCGCCCUCCUUGCCUCUGCCUUCGCGCCCGACCUCCCCUCCGCUACGGCCAACGGCUCCUCCAAACAAUCAAACAAUCCCCCAACAGCCACCAUCGACAUCCUGAUCACCUUCGACCAGUCCGGCGUCAGCAACCACCCAAACCACCGCUCCCUGUACCACGGCGCCCGCGCCUUCCUCCAAAACCUCAUGAAGGGCAAAUCUGGCUACGCCUGCCCCGUCACCCUCUACUCGCUGACGUCCACAAGUGUCCUGCGCAAAUACAUUGGCAUUCUGGAUGCGCCACUGAGCAUGGUGCAUGGGUUUGUUGGGGCUGUCUUUGAUCGGAAGCCGGCCGCAAGUACAGCUAAGGGUAGACAGCCGAAACGACUGCUCUUUGUCAGCGGGAUUACGGAUUGGUUGGCUGGCGUGAAAGCUAUGGUGCGCGCACACAAGAGCCAAAUGGUCUGGUUUCGCUGGGGGUGGGUAUCCAUCGGGAGGUAUAUGGUUGUUAAUGAUCUGAAACGGGAGGCGGCGGGAUGCUUUUUGAAGUGA